GCGGACUAUUUGAACUUAUAGCCGACACCGAGACUCAGAUACACAACAACGAUGGCCACGUCGGGCUUCGAGAAGAUCUCCACCAGUGACUAUGGGGAGUUCAGCCGGUGGAGUCGUCCCCUGUAUCCGCGCUCGGACCCGCGAACCCGCGACUGGUUUCUGCUGGGCAAUCCUUUCUUCAUCACUCUGGUCGUGGGAGGAUACCUGUACAUCGUGUACCUUGGCGGACCGCGGUUCAUGGCCGGUCGGAAGCCGUACGACCUUCGCGGCGUCAUCAAGGUCUACAACAUCGCCAUGAUUGUGCUUAACGUCAUCUUCGGGUACCACUUCCUGAAGUACUCAUACCUCGGCGGCGACUACAACAUAUUCUGCCAAGGCAUGACGUACGCUACAGACGAGAAAUCCAUGAAGCUGCUCUGGUGGGGAUACUUCUACUUCUACGUGCGCAUGGCCGAUUUCAUGGACACCUUCUUCUUCGUACUGCGCAAGAAGUACAGCCAGAUCACGCUGCAGCAUACGCUACACCACGCGCUCAUCGUGGCCAACGGCUGGCUCUGGUACACCCUUGGCGGCGACGGCCAGUCCUUAUUAGGCGCCAUCAUCAAUAGCUCCAUUCACACCGUCAUGUACUUCUACUACUUUCUGGCAGCCUGUGGCCCCGAGUACCGCAAGUACCUGUGGUGGAAGAAGUACCUCACGCGUGCGCAAAUUGCUCAGCAUCUCGUCAUCAUCGUGCACGGACUCAUCCCGCUGUUCUACGACUGUGGCUACCCGCGGUUCUUCAUUUAUCUGGCUCUGCCACAGGGUUUGCUCGGUCUUGCGUUCUUCCUCAACUUCUACGUCUCUGCGUACAGGAAGAAGUCGGCCAUGGAGGCUGCUGCGCGAAAGGAACACGCCUUACUGAAAGAAGACUGA